GACAUUGGUCGUGGUAAUUAAUUACUACUACAACACUUUACGAAAAAAAAAGGGGGAAACACUCUGACAGAUUUUGGAGAUGGCGGCGGACGAAGAGCUCGGCGUCUCCGACCGGCCGUGCCUUCACAUGAUCUCCGCCUUUCUGGCGUUGGAACCUCCCGGUAUCGUAAUCUCCUUCGCCAGAGAAUUUGGCGGCGGUUCCCUCACCGAGAGUGUACAGAGUUGCAUUUGGCGCCGAUGCAUCAGUAAAGCAGAUUUGAAGUUGCAGGGGCCUUUCCUGAAGAGAUUCCUGAAGAAAUUAAUCAUAGAAAUCGAAUUGAGUGGGGGAAUAGUGCUGGAUGAACUGUAUGAAUACUAUGCAUCAUGCUUGGUUCCUCUAAAGGAUGAUGGUGCCAAUGUAGGGAACUCGAAACUAUUGAAAACAAUCUCUUUUAUUUUUCCAAAUGAGUCCAGGGAAUUGGAGGUUCGACUUCGUUCUUCUGUUAACAUGCUUGAAGGAGAUACUGGGUGCUCUGUUUGGCCUUCAAGCCUUUUUAUGUCAGAAUUUAUACUUUCUUUCCCUGAACUAUUUGCAAAUAAGUGUUGUUUUGAGGUUGGUUCAGGGGUUGGAUUGGUCGGCAUUUGUCUUUCUUAUGUUAAAGCAUCUAAGGUGAUACUAACUGAUGGUGACCUUUCUACUUUAGCAAAUAUGAAGGUUAACUUGGAACUAAACCACCUGACCACAGGAGAUCACACAUCAGGUUCUCGUUUACACGAUACAAAGGUCCAAUGUAUUUGUUUGCCAUGGGAAUCUGCCUCAGAGGAUGACCUCCAUUGCUUCGCCCCCGACGUUAUUUUAGGUGCUGACGUUAUAUACGAUCCAUCGUGCCUUCCUCAUCUUGUACGAGUCCUGUCAGCUCUUUUGAAACACGAGCGUUUGUGUCGUGAGAAGCGCCCCAUUGCAUACAUCGCGUCUGUGAUCCGUAACAUCGAGACCUUCAACUAUUUCCUUGGGCUGGCUGAAAGGGCGAAUCUUGUAGUCACAGACCUCACUGAAAUGAUCAAAGUGUCAAAUUUUCUUCCUUACUUGAGAUCCUACGAUCGACCUAGCAUUAAGAUGUUCAGAAUUCAUGUGUAAGCAUUGGCCAAAUUCUGCCUUCUUUUUCUGCAUUUUGGGCUUCUUUGAACUUCACUGAAUCACUGCUUAUAUGAGUGUCUUUUUAUUGGAUGGUAA